UAUUUAUCACAAUUUCUGCCAUAUGCUUAUGCUGUGUUUUGGUUAUUGUAAUAAAUUUAGUUUUUGUCAUUCUUAUCGUAAUUUGAAAAUUAUUUUCAUGAUUCCCCUCCCGUUGAUUUGACUUGUGUCUGACACUUUUCUUCUUUUUUUAUACCUCGAUAUUACAUGUAUCGGUCAUAAUAUGGCCACUAAGAGGCGCAAUAGUCUAGUUUUUCACCUUUCUGUGGCUCGGUCCGUGCUUUUAUUUUGAUAGUGGAAACGGGAAGUGUCCGUUUCAUUGUUCGUGUGUCAGUGCAUUGACUCUGGUCCUGCUCCUGCUCGCUCUGCCUCCUCCGGUCGUCGCCAUGGUGCAGAUGAUGGAGUCGCAGUGCGAGUAUUUCAUGUAUUUCCCGGCGGUGCCCAUCACGGAUCUGUCGGACCCGGCCCGGUACCGUACUCUUCCCCGCCGGAGCCACCUCUACCUGGGUGAGACGGUCCGCUUCCUGCUGGUGCUGCGCUGCAGGGACGCGGGGGCGACGCCGACCGAGCACGGCCCCGUGGCCAGUGAUGGCACCGCAGCCGGCUUUGGGUCGGAGUCAGCCAGCAGCCGGGCGUGGAGGGAGCUGGCCGGCUCUCUGUGCGCUGUGGCCAGCGUGAGUCCAGGUGAGAGCAACCGCCACCGAGGCAAUCACCAUCACCAUGACUACCAGGGCAGCGGGGACGAGGCUAACGAAGAUGGCGAGGAGGACUACAUUGCAGCGGCAGAGGCGGCGAUUGCGGCGCUCGGCAGCAGGGUGGACUCCCGGUGUCGGAGCUUCAGGGACUGCAAACCACUGCUCAUCCACAACUCAUCUGGGACGGCGGCGAGGGAGUUCCGCAGGGCACCUGUUCAGUCUCCUCUGGACGAGCCGGUGGUGUUGACGGACGAAGUCAUCUUCCCCCUCACCGUCUCUCUGGACAAACUCCCCGUCAGCACCCUAAAAGUCAAGGUGAUGGUCACAGUGUGGAAGAGGGAGGCAGAGAAAGCGGAGGUGCAGGAGCUCGGUUACCUGAGCGUUCUCCAGCAACGAGAACCGACACACACCUUCAGACACGACCUGAACACUUUCAAGGCUCAGGUGAGCACCACUCUGACCGUUCUGCCGCCUCCCACCGUCCGCUGCAAGCAGAUGACCGUCUCUGGGAGGCACCUCGUCGUCCUCAAAGUGUUGAAUGAGUCUUCUCAGGAGGAGGUGAGUAUCCGCGAUGUUCGGAUUUUACCGAACCUGAACGCCUCGUACCUUCCCAUGAUGCCAGACGGCUCGGUGCUGCUGGUGGACAACGUGUGCCAUCAGUCAGGUGAGGUCGGCAUGGCGUCGUUCUGCAGGGUGGACAGCCUGGCCUGCCGCCUUCCCAGCAUGCUCAGCGCUUUGGAGGAGCAUGACUUCUUGUUCCAGCUGCACCUGAAUGACAUGCCGCAGGAUGACUCCAACGAGGGGCUGGAGGUUCCCCUGGUCGCUGUGCUGCAGUGGUCAACUCCCAAGAUGCCUUUCACCAACUGCAUCUACACCCACUACAGGCUGCCCAGCAUCCGUCUGGACCGACCGCGCUUCGUCAUGACGGCGAGCUGUCCGAGCACCGUCAGGGUGAAGGAGCACUUCAAGGUCAAAUACGUUCUGCUCAACAACCUGCAGGACUUCCUGGCUGUCCGGCUCGUCUGGACUCCAGAGGGUCGUGGUCAGGGUGAGGACGCAGCGCUGGGUGCUGUGGUGUGUCACACUCCUCUCAGUAACCUCGGUCACUGUCGGAAAGGAAGCACUCUGUCAUUCAGCGUGGCGUUCCAGAUCCUCAGACCGGGCCUGUACGAGCUGAGUCAGCACAUGAAGCUGAAGCUGCAGUUCACAGCCUCGGUGUCCAACCCUCCGCCCGACGCUCGGCCGCUGUCACGUAAAAACAGCCCGUCCAGCCCGGCAGUUCGAGACCUGUUGGACCGACACCAGGCCAGUCUGGGUCGGUCUCAGUCCUUCUCCCACCAGCAGCCGUCACGAUCCCACAUCAUGAGGACGGGCAGUGCCAUGGAGCGACGGGCCAUCACCCCCCCCGUUGGCUCUCCGGUGGGUCGGCCGCUCUACCUGCCGCCACAGGACAAAUCGCUGCUGUCGCUGGACAAGAUCGCCAAGAGGGAGUGUAAAGUCCUGGUGGUGGAUCCCGUCAGCUAGGAGUCAGGAAACAAGGAGGGAAGGAAGCAAGGACGGGUGAAGGGACACGGAAGCGAGGAACACACAGAGACUCUGUCUGAGUUGAAAGCAGAGAGAGGAAACGAUCUCAGCUCUGAAACUGAGUCUGUGUCGAGAAGCUUCAGCACCAACAAACAAACUCUCAUGUGCUGGAUCAAGUAAGAAGAAGAGACACUGAGAUGAUCAGACUUAAAUACUUAAUGUGAUGUUUUAUCAUCUUCCUGUAUUAUUUAAAGAGAGAACAGCAGCACUUUCUGAGAAAAGGUCAAUAAGCUUUAAUGAGUUUCACUAAUGCUUCAUCCAUCAGUUAUAAGCCAUUAAUAAGAACAGCGAGACGUCUCCAGUGAACUGAUCUUAUCCAUCAAGUCUGCAGCUGUAAAUGUUAAUAAUCUGUUUAUCCGUAGAUUUUUAUCCAGAUGUUCUGCAGCUGUUUUCCAGCAGAUCCCUUUUCAACAUCUGGAGAAGUUUCCGUCGCAGUUUCACACAAAAGUGACUGUUUCAGAAACUUUCUGUUUCCACUGAGGUUUGUUCUGAAACAGCUGUUUGUUCUGAAACAGCUGUUUGUUCUGAAACAGCUGUUUGUUCUGAAACAGCUGUUUGUGAAACGUGACGACAGACUUCCUGCGGUCGGCCUCGCGCUCAGACCCGACUCCUGAUGCAAAAUAUUACUGUGUAAAAUCAAAUCCAGACAAAUAGACAAAGUGUCUGCUUAUAACUGAUGAAUAAAGUGUUAGUAAAUGAUUUAAUAAACAUGAAUAAAUUCAUUAAUUACAUCUUUAUAACUGAGGCCUCACCAGAAGGUGACACUGGAGGAACAGUAGUUUCAAACAGUAAUAAUCACACAGGAAGUAGAAGUUUGUUUGAAUUUAUUUCAGUGUUAUUGUCAGACUGUUCAGCAGGUUUCAACACUUCACUGAAAUGUGACAUAUAAUGUAAAUAUAAUAUAAUGUAACAGGUGAUCACAGCUUCCCCUCAUCUCAGUCUGAACCUGUUUCUUCAGUAUUGAGUCGUGGUCGUUUCUCUGGUCCAGAGCUUCAGACCGUCACGGCUCCCAGAGGAUGAACCCACCGGCUUUGGUGACGCCGUGACUUCUCACGUAGCGCCACCAUGAGGUUCGCGUUGGUGGUUGUUAGUGAAACGUUUGAACAUCUGCUGGAUGAUUGUGAUGAACUUUGGUUCAGACGUUGAACUUCUCCUCUAGCGCCACCAUCAGGUUUUACUUUGUCCAACACUUUGGUUCAGAACUGAAGACGUUCCCAUCAGCCUCAGCUCCGCUUUGUUUACUGUUUAGUGUUAAUUAGCACAUGCUAACAUGCCGAGCUAAAAGGGUGAACAUUAAACCUGCUAAACAUCAGGAUGUUAGCAUGGUGUUAGCAUUUAGCUCAAAGCACACUGUGUCUCAGAGCUGCUAGCACGGCUGUAGACUUUUAUUUUGGUUUUAAAAACGUGAUUUUAAAUUCUUGGAGAAUAUUAUAUUUUUGUCAUUUUACUGUCAUUUCAGUGCCACUGCUGUAUUAUUAUUAUUAUUAUUAUUAAUGAUAUUAUUAUUAUUGGUUUUAUUUUAGACAGUUGUGCCUUCAGGUUUUGAAGAAACCCACAACAAACUAAAUACAAUGCAUGAACAAAUGAAACUUAUUUUUUGAGUUGAAGAAAUAAAAAGUAACGUUAAUAUUUGAAGAAAGA